AUGGAGCCCAAUCGCAAUGCCCCCAGCGCCGAAAAGGCUCUCCAGCGCCUGGGGUACACCAGCGAGCUGCCGCGCAACCUCAGCAUGAUGAGCAUCCUGGGCAUGUCCUUCGCCAUCAUGGCGGUGCCCUUUGGCCUGUCAACGACCAUGUACAUCACCCUCACCACCGGCCAGUCCGUCAGCGUGCUCUGGGGUUGGGUCCUCGUCUCACUCAUCUCAUGCUGCAUUGCUGCGUCCCUGGCCGAGAUUUGCGCCGUUUACCCGACCGCUGGCGGCGUCUACUACUGGUCGGCCAUGCUGAGCACCCCGGAGUGGGCGCCGAUCGUCAGCUUCAUUGACGGAUGGUUGACUCUCGUGGGCAAUUGGACCGUCACGCUGUCGAUCAACUUCUCCGGCGCCCAGCUUGUGCUCAGCGCCAUCUCUAUCUUUGAUGAGGAUUUCGUGCCCAACGAGUGGCAAACCGUCCUCGCCUUCUGGGCGGUCAUGCUCGUCUGCGCCCUGGUCAAUGCAUUCGGCUCUAGGCAUCUGGACCUGAUCAACAAGGUCUGCAUUUACUGGACUGGCGCCAGCGUGGUCAUCAUCCUGGUCACCCUCUUAGCGACGGCAGAUCAGCGCAGAUCCGCCGAGUUUGUCUUCACUCACUACGAUCCAUCUGCCAGCGGCUGGCCCUCUGGAUGGUCCUUUUUCGUAGGCUUGCUCCAGCGCUAUGGCAUGGUCGCUGCCAUGUGUGAAGAGGUCCAGCACCCUGAGAGCCAGGUGCCGAAAGCCAUUGUCUUAUCCGUCGUUGCAGCGGGUAUCACAGGUAUCUUCUACCUUGUGCCGCUGCUAUUUGUGCUGCCCGACAUUGAGAUGCUUCUUGGCGUCGCCAACGGCCAGCCCAUUGGUCUCCUCUUCACCACUGUUACAGGCUCCAAGGCGGGUGGUUUCUGCCUCCUGUUCCUCAUCCUGGGCAUCCUCUUCUUCGCAGGCGUGGGCGCCCUAACUGCCGCCUCACGCUGCACCUACGCCUUUGCACGCGAUGGCGCUAUCCCCGGCUACCGCCUCUGGAUGAAGGUCAACAAGAAGCUCGACGUGCCGCUGUGGGCCCUGGCCCUCUCCACCGUCGUCGAUUGCGUCCUGGGCCUCAUCUUCUUCGGCUCCUCAGCCGCCUUCAACUCGUUCACCGGCGUCGCCACCAUUUGUCUGUCGACGUCGUACUGUGUCCCCGUGCUCGUCAACAUGAUCCGCGGCCGCAAGGUCGUCGCCCGCUCGCCCUACCCGCUCGGCCGCUUCGGCUACCUAAUCAACGGCAUAUCCGUGCUGUGGAUCGUCUUUGCUGUGGUCAUCUUCUCCAUGCCUGUCGCCAUUCCCGUCACGGCCUCGUCCAUGAACUACGCGAGUGUCGUCUUUGCUGGAUUUGCUCUCAUCAGUGCCGUGUGGUAUCUCGCCUACGCUAGGAAGAACUUCACCGGCCCGCCUGUCGCGCAGGACGGCUCGGACGACGAGCCCAAUGCGGUCAUGGGUAAGUCGCUGAGCGGGCCGGAAGGCGUGGCCGCAACCCAUGUACCCGAAGCCACGCUCGAUGAUGAGACAAAGAAGGCGUAUUAA